GAAAAUUAGUGUACUGUAUUGGUUCGCAAUGAGCCACGCAAGCCGCUUUUGCGUGCCCGAGUCAUGUACACCUAUUGCGACAAGGAAUAAGCUAAUAGAACUUGGUCCCAGUAGAAAGGAACUUAUAUCAGUUUCAUCAGAUAAAAGCAUCUCGUUCAUUUUGGGUCUUCGUCAUUCAACACACGAUCGAACACGACGUGCAACGUUUAACUCGGAAAAAAGUUUGUUCUGUGCCAUCCCAGAGCUGAAUCACUCCGCGGUAUAGUGCAAUAUAAUUACAAUUCUAGACAAAUUGCGAAAUCAUCGUGUGAAAGCUGGUGUAUUUUAAUUUUAGUGCAAAAUAGUUUUUUUCGCGUGAAACUAAACACGUGUGACAGGAACUGAUAUUACAUAAAUAAAUAAACAUAUUAUUAUUGCCUUAGCUUUGAGAAAGAAAGUAAGAUUUUAAUGUUGCACCCGUGUUUCGGUAUCCAUUUGCAUAAAAUCUGGUCUACAAUAUUUCAGUAAAUCUGGAAGGAAAGGAAUUCUUAGUCAAGUGUUCAAUAUUCCAUAGAGUUUUAAAAUUGAGGAAGCUGAUGGAAUAAGGCGUGAUGGAAUAUGUUAUAAAAAAAGGAUGUCAACUUGCUAAUAAUUUUUCGCAUUAUGUAAAAUCAGUUUUGUAUGUCUGAACAUUUAUACAACCGUAUAAUUUAAUGGAGUCUAGAGGAGGAAAGUCGAAUAUAAUAAAAAUGAACGUCAAGAUUGUACACAUUUCUGUGUGGGAAGUAGUGAAACUGCAUUGCCAGUCUUUUAUAUACGGCCUGUACUUGGUAGUGAAAAGAUUCGUCAAAUGGGCCUGGGAUCCAAAAAACUUCUUCGUGCUUCAGCAGAGAGAUAAACCUCCCCAGUGUUUAGUAGACAAUAGUUUGGGUGAACAUUCAUAUGUAAAAUUGAAGGGCGUAAAAUUUCAUUAUGUGGAGGCUGGCGACAAGGACAAACCCCUAUUAUUAUUUCUCCAUGGAUUUCCAGACUGCUGGUUAUCGUGGAGAGAACAACUACCAGUUUUAUCGAAGUAUUACAGAGUAGUAGCUCUAGAUUUAAAAGGAUUUGGUGACAGCGAUAAGCCACCUAGAAGAAGUGCAUACAAAAUUGAAAUUUUAGUGAAUGAGCUGAAACAAUUCAUUGUAGCCCUUGGAGUAAAAACUUGUAGCAUAAUUGGUCACGACCUUGGAGGCCUUUUAGGGUGGUACAUAGUGGCUUUACAUGGAGACAUGGUGUACAAAUUUAUAGCUAUAGCAAGUCCACAUCCGAAUAUUUAUUGGAACGGGAUGUCUGGCGAGACUGCUUUUGGUGACAAGUGGACACAUUUCAGCAGAUUGCCCUUCCUGCCAGAGAUCGAUGCUUUAAAAGAAGACCUGUCAAUAAUCAACGAGACGUUCAAACACCUUCAAAUCAACGAAACUAGUAAAGCAAAAAACUACGUUGAAGCAUACAAAUAUGCUUUCAGUAGAAAAGAGGACUGGACAGGCCCUAUUAAUUAUUUUCGCAAUCUGCCCUAUAUACGUUUAAAUGCAAACUCAUCUGAACCAAUUUACACUCGAACGUUACUUUUAAUUGGUAAUAUGGAUCCUACUGUGACACUCGAGAGUAUUGUCCAAAGUUCAGAGUAUAUAGAAAAGUUCAGUUUAAAAGUAGUACCUGGAGCACAUCAUUUUCCUCACCAAGAAAAGCCGGAAUUGGUGAAUGAAGCAAUUAUGAAAUUCCUAAUCGGUAAGUUAUUUUUAGACAAAACUAGUGUUGCCGUUCAAGACGAAGGAUGGCAAGGAAGUAGUCAAGGAACGCAAGGAAUGAUAGCGCGAGAUCUUGCGUUUCGAGGCAAAACAAGGCGGCCAAAUUUCAAGGCCUUGACAAGUCAAGGCCUUGAAAAGCGAGGUCUUGCUUUGGCCUUGUCUUGGGGGCUUAAGUGCCCUCCGGAAGAUGUGGAUAUUUUUCAACGACCUGGGAUAGAGGAAUAA